UGUGGCCUGGGGCCUGAUGCGGUGCGGUGCUCACGACACCCCGCUGCCGGCGGCUUUGAGCGUCCAGACAUAAGCUUACCCCGCUUCACCGAUCUCAUCUUUCUCUCUGUCUCUGUCUGACAAUGGCGCUCUCCGCAUACACCUGCCACCUUGCGGGGGGUGUUUGAGCAGCUUGUUGUAGCGUAGUGUGGCCUAAACAAGAAUCUGAAGUGCCUUUCCUCAAAAAUACUUUUAAGAAGUUUCUAAAGUAUGUAACUAAAAUAUUUUAUAAACAAAACAUUUAACUUCUGUGGAAAAUGAGAGAAAAUAUAUAUACAGUACUGUUCUUUAUCCCGAACAAUCUUUUGGUGUAAUAUUUCUGGAGUUGUGACCAAAUAGAUUAAUGUACCUCUCAGAAAAUCCACAGUUUUGUUCUAAUUCUAAAGAAGGUAAAAUUUCUUUUUGUGGCCGAGUCAUUGAUAUAUGGGCACAAUUUGUUGGCCUCUGCAAAUAUUACGAACUGCAGAUCAACCAUUUGGUGGGCUAGAGGUGCCCACAACCAUAUACAAUCUGACGUAACAACACCAACACCACGUCCAUCAACUCACAAUGUUUCAAGCACAACGAGUGGGUGGGAUCCCACGUCUGGAGGAGAGGUGGAGGAUACGACGGUGAUGGCGUCAUGUUGGCGGGGGAUGGGUGUCUUGCUGGGGACCUGUGUACCUUCCCGCCCCACGGAUCCACACCCCGCCCACACUCCCACACCCCGUGUAGCUGACCCUCCACCCACACCUCCGUCCAGUGGAACCUCUCAUCGCAUCAUCAGUGGUUCACCUGGUCGCAGUCGUCAUCACCAUCAUCAGCAACAUCAGCAGCAGCAUCAGUCUUCGGAGAGUGCCGGUGCACGUUACCUGCUGGUGCGACCUGCCACAGCCACGCCCCCUUCCCCUCGCCGCCACCACCAUUCUCGAACUCACACAACUGGUGUCAGCAGCCAUUCAGCUAGUGGACGUGGCGAAGCGCGGGCUGGGCGGGCAGCAGAUGUGGAGGGUACACCACCCCUACUCUUGCUCUCACAGGCCCUCCACCUGCCCCCCCCUCCACCACAUCUCGCCUCUCUCAUCUACACUUACGGUUUUAAGUGCCCCAUCUGCUCCAAACUUGUGCUGCCUGAUGACCUGGAGUGCCAUUUAGUUAUCUGCCUCACGAAACCACGCAUCAGUUACAAUGAGGAUGUGUUAACGGAGGACAAGGGAGAGUGUGUCAUCUGCCUGGAGGAUCUCUGCCAGGGAGAUACCAUUGCUCGACUACCUUGUCUUUGUAUCUACCACAAAACAUGUAUUGAUGAGUGGUUCCAGGUGAAUCGCUCGUGCCCUGAGCAUCCAUAUGAUUGAGGCUAUGCACAUUUGUAAAAAAAAAAAAAAUAAAAAAAAAAGAAAAAAAGAAAAAAAGGAAAAAAAAAGAAAAUAAGAAAAAGAAAAUGCCUAUGUGCCAUUACUGUUCAUUGUGCCAGUUGGGAAGUGUCGUGUGUGUGUGGACGCUGACCCCGCACUCUGGGGAGGGGACGACGACCUGUCUCUUAUUCACUCUCUCUGUUGUUGCACGGAAGGACUGUGUGCAUCUUGACCUCAGUUAUGAUGGUGGAAGAACUGGUGAUAUUUUACUGUGCUUGCUUCACUUAUGAUUGAAGUGAGAAGUAUAUUUUAAUUUUGAGGAUGUCUGAUGCAUUUUUAUGGAGUAUACCGAUUGUUGAGUAUCAAACAUUUGUUUGAUGAAGAAGGAACUUGAGAGUGUGUAUAGAACGUUUAGCUUAUUAAGACAAACAAAGUGAUUCAACUCUUAAUUUCUGAUAUAUUUAACUAUCAACGAGGUGAUGGUUUGUGAUUGUGUUUUGUAAGUGUCCUGAGAAGUGAAAAAAAUAUCAGAAUAUUUCCAGAUGAAAUACUGUCAGAUAUGCCAGUACAGUAUUUGAUUUAUUAUUUUAUUUCAAACAAACUACAUGAAAAAUUUCAGAUAAUAUUGUGUUCAUUGAAUCAUUGAACUCUGAUUAAUCUCUGUAUGAAAUGUUCCUUCUUAGGUUUUGAUCAAGAGGAAAUACUUACGUCCAGGCUUUUGUCAUGCAGUAACAACUACGUCACUAAAUACUUUUGUCUUAUUAGUUGGCAAGCUGAUUAGCUUGACAAGUUAACCUGUAGUAUUUACAGAUAAUAUAAAGUACAACACAUUAGCUUGUCAAAAGAUAUCAGUGUAUUUUUUUUUAUUUGGUUGAUAACCAAACUUUGUUUCAUCCUUGUGUAAAACAUGUCGAGGUUAUAUAUCAGAAGGUGACUUUGAGGUGUAUAGUUUUAUCUUUAAAGUAAUUGUAUAGAGUUUGCAGUGCUCAGGUAGUAGAAUAGUAAUACUGCCAGAAAAGCAUGAGCCUAAUUAAGUUUUAAGUUUACAGUCAAGAAAAUGCUCAUGGCUACAAAAGAUGUGAUACAAAGGACCAAAUUUACUAUCACCUACAAAACUAUUGUCUACAGUGAUUUAUGAGUAACUCUAAAUAAACUCAAGCUCCCAGGAAAACUCAAGUAUUUAUUAUAAGGAUGAUGAAAACAUUUAGUUGUGGAAAUCGCUUGUUAACUAUUGUGAACCCGGUUGAUGUCAGCGCUCUUUAUCAUACUAACAAUUCAACUUUUGAAGCUGCUUGCUAAACUUACAAAGAAUAGACCACUAAAACAAUGCAGCUGCAGACUAUUCCUAUGCUUCAUAAUAUUCUGGGGUUUCUCUGAUCUCAUACACCAAAUUUUGUAUUUACAAUUUACUGACAUCGUAGAGGUAUUAUAGGUACCACCCCAUUGUCAAGGUUUUGGGAAUAUGAACGAUUCUGCAUAUAAAAUUCUCAAUAGGCCAUUUGCUCAUGAUGCUGCACUUUAACCAUAUAAUAUAGUUCCUUUCUGUGUAUAAACCAAUGCUGGUCAUGUUCAUUCUCACUGAAAAAUGGUCAUUAUCACAUAAUUAAUUUUGUAAGGAAAUAAUUGCCUGAAAUGCUCACAUGAUGUGAACAAUAAGAUUAUAUAUACAUACAUACAUACACACAUACAUACAUGCAUACACAGUAUAUAAUAAAUUUAAUAAUUAGGUCCUAAUGUACAUUUAAUCUUAAUCAUUUUCAUCAUUCAGGAAUAUUAUGAUACAUACAGUGGAUACUGCAAUUUUAUUAUUCUUCAUGUGUUCUAGGACUUGGGACUAGGAAUUCCUUUUGACUAGCAAGUUGGGUUAAUGUCUUAGUUCAGCGAUGAGGGAUUUCUUUUAUUUUCUUACAUGAUCUCAUUUAGAUAAACCCAAAUUCUUAAGCUCUUUUCUUUUUAUGUAUGUGGAGAUGAGCAUCAUCCUUGCAGAAUAAAGCAAAUUCUUGUGUAUGUUGAAAUUGCAGUCUUGCUCAGAUGAGGUUAGGUUAGUUUUGGUAGUGAAUGACUGAUUUGCAACUCAUUACUGAAGACCAACAGUGAGCAUAUGGUCAUGCAGAAAGUUGACAUACUGUGUAGAGUACAGCCUAAGCUAAGCUAUACAGCUACUGAACAUGGUCAGCAUGGUCUGGAAUUCAUUGCUAAUCUAAUCCUGGAUCACGUGGAGAGAUGAGCUGGGCUGAGAACCGCUCCCAUUUUCCCCUUGUGUUUAUGGAGUGGAUGUGAUGGGGUGCGGUAUAUCAACUGUGGUGUGUUAUAUGGCAUAAAGAAAUUAAAACAUUGGUAGUGGUGUAACACUGUACAGCAUAAUGCUGAUAUUUCACAAUUUCUCACUAUCUUAUGGGCAAAGCUUGUUUAAAAUAGAAUAGGUAUUUUGUAAUCAAAAAUAGAAAUAAAGGUAUGUGUUUGUGCGUGGGUGUGUGUGUGUGUGCACGCAUGUGUGUGUAUAUAGCGCACACACACAUGCACAUAUGCCCACAUACAUGUGCACACAUACAUACACACACAUGCAUAAAUACAUGAGACAUUUGGUUUUAAUAAAUGAUGUGUAUUGUCUGGGAUGGGUAGACGGUAGCGCAGAUUUUGUAUGACGAUUCUAACAAGAAUUAGCAUGGGUUCCCAUGUUCAUGAUUAGAAUGAUGACCCCCUAACACUUUUCUUCUAUCAUAGUCUUACAUAGUAACGAUAUUGUAACUCAAGUGAGUUGGUUUGACUGCGGUGAUUCCACGCCUGAAGGGUUGUACUGUAUAUAAUGGUUGUCUCCCUCUCCUCUGCAUCUUCCUUUCCCACCCGACCGACCCAGUCACACACGUUCUUCAUGCUGCCUCACAUUUUCAAUAUGUUCUCAACUUUUUGCUGCCUUCAUCACAUCUCUUGGUAUUUGACAUUUGUUUUAACAUUUUUCAAUAUGGAACUUGCUAUAAAACAUAUUUAUUUUUAAAGUUAUUGACAUGUGAAUGACAUGUGAAGUAGUAGAUUUUGCAUUGGUUGGCACUGUGAUGGUCUAAUUCCCUUUAACUUCAGGACACACCUUUUCUAGCUUCAUCAGAAUGGUACGGUAGUGGUCUGUUAAACCUUCCUCCUUCCCCUUUCCCCUGCAACUCUUUAUCUUUGCUUUUGACUAACUGUUAACAACAGCGAUGUUGCAUUGGUUACCACAUCCCCAUGGGGUGAUGAAUGUUGUCUCUGCAGUGAAAUGUACGCAGAGUCAAAUACUUACGAAGUGUGCUGGCAGAACUACCAUACCACAUCUGUCUCUCUUACUAUGUGGUUUUCAUACUUUGCAUGGAUCCACUUUCACAUGUGUAUCAUUGUAUAGGUCCAGAGUAUUUUAUUACCCUACUCAGAUGUAUAUUACACUAAAGGUGCAAUGAUUUGAUAUAUGUUGUAGUUUUGUAUAUACAGUAUAUUCUAUAAAUGAUAUAAAAGAAAAUUGGCUUUCAUCGUGACAUCUGAUAUUAGAAAUAUGGAAAUCAUUAGUGAGGAAUUUUUUAAAAAACAAAAUGUGUUUUAUUCUUUUAGUUGAAGGAAAAUUUUGUACACUGCUAUGUUGCCCAAAUUAUGUACAAUAAUAAAGGCUGAUGAAUGUG